ACUUCAAGUUCAACUCCAAAUAAAACGCAGCCAGCCACUGUCAGUCAAAAAACAAGAAAAUAAAGAAAAUAAAAUACCAAAAGGAAAGUAAAGUCACCAAGUCAGAGGUUCACAUGACUCCCACAUGUAUAAAAAUCCCCACUCAUGUGAUCCUCCACUCCCCCACUUUGAAACCCAAAGCAGCUUCUGCAGCGCACAGCCGUUACCAAAAAAGACGCGAUGAAGUCAAUCUCAAUCUCCGAAAUCCAACGGCCACGAUCUCUCCCUCCCCUUCCCCUUUCCCAAUCCUCGCGACGCCUCUGAUCAUGUUAGCCGCCGCCUCCUCCUCAACCACAUGGCUCCGAGCUCGCCGAAGCCGCUACCUCUUCCUCCUCAUCUGCUCUCCGAUUCUCAUCCCCUUUCUCUGCGCCACUUUCCCUUUCCUCUGCGCCGCCGAGCUAUGCCUCCGGCUCUGUCGCCGCCGUAUAAAGACGGCUCACGGCGCCGACGAGGAGGUGGAGGAACGGCUGCGGCGAUGCGAAGAAGGACGCAGCGGCGAGAGAGAAGAGAUGGGGCUGCUGCAGAGGUAUUUGGAGGAUCAGUUGCUGCUCGUUGGAUCUGUGUAUGAUUGUGGGGAUGAUGAUGUUGAUGAUCGUUUGUAUCAUGAGAUUCAUGACUAUGAUAAUGAUUCCAAAACUACUCCUCUUUUGGCUUGAUCGAUUGCUUCUUUGCAUUUUCCUUUCUCUUUUUCUUUUUUUCUUUUUUUUUUUUGGUAGCUUCUAGAUCAUCCAUUUUUAUUUAUUUUUCUUUUGGUGAAAUUUGUUUGUGACGUUUUUUUGUUGAGAAUUUUUGGAAUUGUGAAUAUGAAAUAGUUGUGUGCGUCUUUGCCUCGUCC